AUUUAUAGAUUAAGUAGUUAUCAUAUGACAAAAGCUAACGAGCUCCCUCGAGGCAUUAGAUAAUAAUAGAAGUAAAAUUAGUGAUGUAAAAUUAACAUUAACUCCAUCGAUCAACGUGUAAUGUUGUCACACAUUGCUAAAUUACGAGUAGUAAUCUGUACUAUUUUAAUACAGAGUAAUAAUUUAGGAUUUCAUUAAGACAAGGAUUUCAAUUACUUAUUACGAGUACAUAUUUACCCCUAAUUUGAUUGCGGAAUUACCAAUAUAUCCCUUAAUACACCAACUACUCGUAUCAGACUAUCAGUCAUAUCCUAUAUAUAAAGUGAAAGAACCUUUUGAAUGAUAAAUUUAACUAUCCCUAAAUUAUCCUUCUCAAGUUGCAAAAUUACCAAAAAAAAAAUAAAAAAAUAAAAAUCCUAUCAUAACUACCCAAUAAUAACCGCUUCCUUCCUUCCACAUAAAUUUAUAUAUUAAACGUUCUCACUUCCCAUAAAAUAUAAAAUCACUUUAUUUUUUUUUUCAUCUAAUUUCUUAUAUUGUACCUCUUAACUUGUGUAUAUAACGCUAAUCGAUUUUCUUGUAUUUCCACUUUUGUUGUGGCAGACAAAUAGUAGUAUUGAGAAUUGAGAAAGAUGUUAAUAUUCCGGAGUCUGCUGCAUCCUUUACCUCUUCCUACUCCGCUCUUUUUUGCUCGCCAAAACCCCUUCAACUUGUCAUUUCCGUGUUUGUGGAUAAGAAAACAAUCUCAGGCAUUCUCACUUCAAGGUAGAACACUAUCAUCAUCGUCUUCAACCAAUGUUUCCUCUGAUUUUGUCCCCAAUCUUUCUGAGUUAGAUGAUGUUUUGAAGGGCUAUAUGUUUGGCCAGAAAAAGGCAACUGAAGUUGCUCAUUUGAUAUGGAAACUCGUGGUUCAAAAGGGUGAUUCUGUUGUUGAUGCUACUUGUGGUAAUGGCAAUGAUACCCUGGCAUUGGCCAAGUUGGUGGUAGAUGAUGAAGCUAAAGGGUGUGUAUAUGGGAUGGAUAUUCAGGAAGAUGCUAUACAGAAUACUUCAUCCUUACUUGACCAAUCACUUGAUCCAAACCAGAGAAGAUAUGUGAAGCUAUUUUCAACUUGUCACAGUAGAAUGGUGGAUGUGCUUCCUAAGAAUAUCUCUGUGAGGCUUGUUGCAUUCAAUUUGGGCUACCUUCCUGGAGGUGACAAGGGAUUAAUCACAAAUUCAGCCACAACCUUGCUAGCACUCAAGGCAGCAAAGGAAUUAUUACUUCCUGGAGGAAUUAUUAGUGUUGUUGCUUAUGUUGGACACCCUGGUGGAAGGGAAGAAUAUGAAAUUGUCCGCUCGUUUGCAGCUGAGUUACCAGCAGAUAAAUGGGUCUGCAGCCACAUUCAGAUGUUGAACAAACCACUUGCACCGGUUCUUGUAUUUUUGUUCAAGAGAUGAAAAAUAAUUAUUGUUAGUUAAGACUUUUUUAAAUAUAUGAGAACUCCACUUUUGGCAACUGGUCAGAUUUUGAAUGCUUUUAUCAUUUGAUAGAACUCUUCUACUCAUUUUGCUAUAAUCAAUACUUUUUCUCUGUUUAGAGCUGCAAA